AUGAAUAGCCUUGAUCGUAUUAAGGAAUUAACAGUAAGUGAGCUAUAUUCUGUGAAAAUUGCUUCUUUGAUGAUAUCUUUGUAUUCAAUUUUAUCAUCAUCAAAAAAUCCUGACAAAUAUUUGCCGAUUUCGUAUCUAAAUGAUUUCUGUGCUGUUAACAAGCGAAACCAUUUAGUCCAAGAACAGAUUUUAGCUCAUUUUUUGUGUAUUUUUGACAAUGAUUUGAAAAAUUUUGUCAAAAAUGAGACAUUAUACGAACAAUUCGAUGGUUGUCCAACUGUUUAUUGGACUUAUCUACAUAUUUUGCUCUCAAAUCGAACAGAAAUCGAAAAUGUUUUUCCGGAUUUUCAGAAAAAGACUCUUUUAUGGUUAAUUGGUAAUUUAAAUAAGUUGCCAACUCAUCCACAAUCAAUUUAUAUUGCUUCUCUUUGUUCUGACAUAAUUUACAAAAAUCCAGAUUUAUUUGGACUUCUUGAGAAGGAAACAAAAGAUUGUAGGAAUAAUCAGUUGAUAAAGAACAUGAUUGACUAUAUAUUGGCCAGUCUAACUACAUUCAAAUCAACAGGAUUUCCAAAUUUAUCAAAAUCUAACUAUGAAAUCUUCGAUGACAGGCUUUCUGUGACUGAAGUUCACUCAGAUGGAUCGUUAACAGCAUCAACAAAGAAAGCAAAUACAGCUUCUUCGUAUAAAAUUAAUUAUUUGGAUAAAACCCCAAAAGAAAAUGGUAAUAAACCAAAGAUUCCGCACUCAUCUAGCUUUGAAUUAGUGACAUUCUCCAAAUUUAACAAGUUUAUGAUGAAUUUCAAAGGAUUUCAAAAUUUAUUGCCUCCGAAAACCAAAGAUGAGGUUGAUAUUCCUUCAACAAGCUUCCAAAAUAUAAAGUUAAAUGAGAUGCAGCUAGUUUCCGACGAAAUUCAGCCAAUAGAUGAAAAAAUACCAAAAAAUAUGAUUCCGCAACAAGACGAAUGUUUCGUAUUUAAUGACUACGCCCAUUCCAAAUACGAAAUCAUGAAGUCUUCCAGUUCUCUGAGUAGUGAAACGAGAGCACUUUUUGAGACCAUUCAAAAAGUGAUAGCAAAAAUCGGAAUAAUUUUUGUCAAAAAAGGGAAAUUGAAACAAAGUGAAAUUCUUGCAUUAGGAGAAAACGAAACAUCCCAAGAGUAUCAAGAUUUUCUCCUAAAAAUCAGAGAAAAAGUACAAUUAAAAGAUUUCAAGAAAUAUUGUGGAAAACUUGAUAUUCUUACAGGCAUUAAUGGCCAGAAUUCCAUUUAUUUCUCCGAUAAAAGGAUAGAAACCAUGUUCCACGUAUCAACGAUGAUGCCAACGAAUCAAUCUGAUUCUCAACAGAUUCAGAAGAAGAAACACAUAGGAAAUGAUAAUACAACAAUCGUUUGGAACGAAAAUAUCAAUAACCCAUGGAAUGCAGCAACGAUUGUUUCCAAAUUUAACGAUUUUCAUGUAGUUAUUUAUCCGAAAUCAGAUAAUUUGUAUUUUAUUGAUAUCAGAAAGAAAUCAGAUACAUAUGAAUGUGGUCCAAUAAGGUCACCAAUACUGUUAAACUCCAUUUCUUUCCCUUAUAUUGUGAGAUGGACUGCAAUUACCUCAGAUUUCCUUAUAAGAGGAUUUACAAAUCCUUUGAACAUGCCUCAUUAUAAAUUUAAUGAACAGCUAGCUAAGAUGGCUAACCUUUCUAAUAAAGAUUAA